AAAAGUAAGUGCCAAAACAAAGAUAUUAUAGUUCUAAAAUUCUUUUACUUGAGAGAGAGAGAGAGAGAGAGAGAGAGAAGAGAGAGAGAGGGUAGUUGGUGAAUGCGGAGGCUUUCAAAGCAACCUCUUGGGGCGAAGGAUCCGAUGCACACAAAACUAAAAACUCUAUCUAUCUCUCUCUUUAUAAGCUGUCUGCUGAAACUGAUUCCUCCUAUUUUUCUCUUACUCUCACCAAAAGUGUAGAAAAAAGCCUCGAAGAAAAUCUAAAAUAAUAUGCAAACAGAGAGAGAAAUCGAGUAAAGAAACAAGGAAAAAAGAUGGUGAUUUGAUGAUUAUAUUCCAUUCUGUUUAGGAUCUCUAUAUCAAACAUCUUUUCCCUUCUUAUAGUUUCGCCUUGCUUUGUCUCUUAGCAGCUCCUCCUCUCCCUCUCUCUCUCUCUCUCAUUCCCUUCUCAAUAUUCUCCUGGCAAGUUUGAUCUUAAAUGUACGCAGAAUUCAGCCAGGUUUCCGUUCUUAGCAUGUCGAAUUCAGAGGUCUUCCUGGUUAAAGAUGAUGGAGAAGGGAUGGAACUAGGUAUCGUGAAACGACCCGCAUUGGAGUUUCGAGAGGAGUGUGCUCAGGCUACAGCUUCUUCACAUAAUCCUGAUAAGGAACCACAAGUUGAUGAAGAGAAAAAAGGAGGAGAACGCAGCGUUACAGCUUCUACGGAAAGCGAACAGAAGAAGCCAUGUUUAGGAGAAUUCAAGGCAAUAGAUGACGACGAUGGGUUCAAAACUCCUACAUCUUUGGAUCACAAAAUCCCAGUGAUCAAACAAUGCCCACCUGCACCGAGAAAACCCCAGCCGGCGCCACUCCCAUCAAAUAAAAGAAAAGCAUCGUCAUCGCCAAUUACACGCAGGAAUCUGCAAGUCGAUCUUUCACUAGAGAUCGAGUCCUUGUUUCCCAGGCCUCUUCUUGCUGAUUUACACCGCAAGGUCAAGAAAGCUCGAAACGAAGACAACCAUUGAUUUUUACCAACUUAUGUUUAGUAGAAUAAUAAUAUCUACUCAAAUUAGGUGAGAAUUAUGUAAAAUGAGAAUCUAUUUUGUUCAUAUGAGAAUUGGUGCAGUGCUGGAUAUAAAAAAUCCCAUUACAGAUAUAUGCAUUUCUUCUUUAUCA